CUCGCCCCCAUUGCAGAUAUCUUGCCGCCAUGUUGAUCAUGUCUCAAUCUCUACGCUAUUCGACCAUAACUAAUAGUCAGCUUAUCCCAGAACCUUUGCUCGAGUCUAGGAGGCAUUCAUCAUCGACCUCCAACAUUCGAAGACGCCACUGCGCCCGUCAUUUCCUACUUAGGCACCUAUCAUGGCUAGCGGUACGGCUCUAAAUGUGGUGAAUUGGGUUGGUGCUAGUCUUUCAAUCGUUGUCUUCGCGGCUAGAGCGUGGACUAGAUUCUUCAUUGUGCGAUCGAUUGGCCUAGAUGAUUUGCUCAUGUUCAUAUCGCUGUUAGCUUCUCUAGCUGCAGCGGGCUUGAUCACGGCUUCGGUCCAUUAUGGAAUGGGGAGCGAGACUGAGGGAUCCAUCCUUGCCUCCAAGUACAGCUUCUUGUCUGGCAUUCCUGUUCUGAUAGCCCAGGCAAUUGGGCGUAUAUCUUUCGCAUUUACACUACUUUCUAUCUUAGGCAUAACAAUGGUCCGAAGAUGGUUCCUCUUUGCCAUUAUAGGUCUCCAAGUCGUUUUUCUAGUGGUCGAUCUGGCUCUGUCAUAUGGGUUGUGUAGCCCAGUAUCUGUAUUCUGGAACUCCACUUUGCCAGAGGCGCAAGUAUGCCUUGCUAAGUAUCAUACUGUGGUGGUAGACGGAUGGAACUACUUCCAAACAGCUUGGGAUGUACUGACAGACUUUUCUCUCGCUUUAUUUCCGGCAUUAAUAUUCAAGUCUAUGAAUAUGCAGAUGCGUUUGAAGAUUGGAAUGAUCAUCCUUAUGGGUUUGGGUGUUCUCACGGGCAUAUGUGCCAUCGUAAAAUCAGUUGAAUUCGCAAGCCUCUUCAGCAAUACAAAAAAUUCCAACUAUGCUCAAGCUACGAUAUUUAUCUGGACCGUAGUGCAGCAGUACAUCGUCAUCAUAGCUUCUUCUGUUCCGUACUGCUUAUGUUUAUUCAGAAAGCAGGGUAACAGAACAAUCGGAAGCUCAAACCAAACUGGAGCUUACACUUACGGCCGCAUCACCUUGAAACCCAAGCCAUACAAACACCAGGCCGAGGAUUUAAGCAGACAAAAUUUCAUUCAAUUGGAUUCGCAAAAAUAGACAGGAGGAUGUGGUUAUUUGUAAGAAUGAUCACAUUGCGAUGUGUAUUAGGGCGGGUUUGAAGCCAAAGAGUCAAGUCAACGUCUGGCUUGAAGAUUUGCUAUAAUCCAGGCACUUCUCGGAGAUUCGGUCCUUCAUUUGUAUGAGUUGGUAGGUAGAUGUAAGGGCGGAUAUUUGGAUUAGCGGUCGUUGUCAAUCUUGAUCAAGUUCGUUUCUCAUCCAGUAUUAUUAGCACUGGCUUGUGACGCCUCCU